UGUUAAAAAAAAUCAAACCCUUAUUUUGAAAAUGUUUUCGUCUUGUUUACAUGGCUAGCAUGUCCUGCUGCAGACAGUAACGUAGCUGGCAGGAGUGAAGUGUCUGGGAAGAUAAUUUGCUUUCCUAAGUUAAGUUGCCUUUGUGCAAUAUUAACCUGCCAAUCAAUUCUUGAAAGACAGACUAAAGAAGGAAUCCGUGUGGAUGGCUGCGACAAAUGAUCCAUUUCAGUUUCAGGAAUUUGAGGAAGCUGGCAAUCUGUUGGAAGUCAACAGAGAUGCAACUACCAUUAGCAUUGAAGAUGACGGUCCUGAGCCCCAGAAGCAAAGAAAUGCUGCAGGUUACUCUCCAGAUGCUGAUAACGACGACCCACUUGGCACUGAUGACACGGCAGAGCUUCUCUCUGGGCAGAAGAAAAAUGCCCCAUUCUGGACGUUUGAGUACUACCAAAAGUUUUUUGACAUCGAGACCCAUCAUGUGAAGGAGAGAAUCUUUGGAUCAAUGAUGCCAUGGCCUGGAAAGAACUUUAUCCAUGUCUAUCUUCGUAGAAAUCCUGAUCUUUAUGGACCAUUCUGGAUUUGCAUUACUUUUGUGUUUGCCAUUGCCAUAAGUGGAAACAUAUCCAACUUUUUGGUGCACUCAGGGAAACCAAACUAUCGGUACACCCCAGAAUUUCGAAAAGUGACCAUAGCAGCAACAGCAAUCUUCAGCUAUGCUUGGUUACUGCCUCUUGCCCUCUGGGGUUUGCUGCUGUGGAGAAGCAACAAGGUCAUGAGUUUGGUGUCCUACUCCUUUAUGGAGAUCGUCUGUGCCUAUGGAUAUUCCCUUUCAAUUUAUGUACCUGCAGUGGUCCUAUGGAUUCUCCCGUAUGAAUGGCUGAGGUGGUGCUCUAUUGUGGUAGCACUCUGCCUCUCCGGCUCAGUUCUGGUGAUGACGUUCUGGCCUGCAGUCAGGGAUGACCAUCCCAAAAUUAUCAUAGCAAUCAUGUCAGGCAUUGUGUUGCUCAACGUCCUGCUUGCUCUUGGUUGCAAGACUUAUUUUUUUAGCACACCAGAAGACUCUCAUCCGGAUGGCAAAUGAGGCGAUCAGAGCACUGUCUUAAACUUGAAAGCUUUGCAUUGUCUGAAGGUUCUCCUGUUGCCUUAUUAGAGAGAAUCAGGUUGCUCUGGGGAUGAAGUCAUUGCACGUCUGGAUUUCACCUGCGCUUGGACAUUCCAGCUUACCACCUUAAAACCCAGUGUGUAUUGCUGUGUAAAAAACACUAUUGGUUCAACUGCAUGACCUCUUGAAAAGAACACUGGUACCAAGUAUGUUAUUUCUCAUGGGAUGGGUUCUAAACUUACUUCAAGAUAAAUGGGGUGUUGUAUUACAGAGCACAUAAUUUUAGUUUGGUAGUUUUACACUUUAUAGCUCUUCUGCUAAAAAUAUGUAGAUGACCAGUCAGUGCAUUAAUGGUAGUGACAUCAGUGGCAUUUUACAUAUACAUUUUUGUAUACUUUCAGUGGGAACUGGCUAGUAUAACUUGUACCAAAUUUACUGUAUGAACUGCAGAAGCAGUAAUUGUUGUUUGUAUGAUAUUUUGAAAUUUUUAUGUAUACAUAGAACUGUUGUUUCCCUCCUAUGUAAACCGUAAGUGCCAAAGGCUCAUCUUACAUUUUUAAGGGAUUGUGUAACUAUUGUGAUUUUUUUUUUUUUUAUGACAACCUGCAUUUGCUUAAAAUGUAUGGAAUUUAUUAAGUCCAUUCUCUUUGAGUGUUUCAUGGAGAAAAAUAAAAAUUGGUUAUUGUGGUA